AUGGCUAUUGCAUUCCAGUCUUUUUGGGGCAUUUCCCUCUCAUUUUUACUUCACUUCAUUCGUUCAGAAUCCAAUACUCAUGUUUACAUUGUCUAUUUAGGCGGCGUCCAUAACCAUGAUCCUGUUCUCACGUCCGAAAAUCAUCUUCAGCUUCUUACUAGUGUAUUUCAAAGCAAAGAAGAAGCGAAGCAAGCAAUGAUCUAUAGCUACAAGCAUGUGUUGUCCGGUUUUGCUGCAACUCUCAAUGAAGGCCAAGCAACCAUCUUAGCGAACACAAAGGGGGUCAUAUCUGUGUUUGAGAGCAAGACUCUCCAGCUGCACACAACGAGAAGCUGGGAUUUUAUGGGUCUUAACGUGGACCAACACAAAGGAUUUCCGUUGCAGCUAGCUUAUGGUGAUGACAUAAUUGUUGGCCUCUUUGACUCAGGUGUAUGGCCAGAAUCUGCUAGUUUCAGGGAGGAGCCUGGCAUGGGGCCUGUACCGAAGCAUUGGAAGGGAAAAUGUGUCGCUGGAGAGGAGUUCAAUCCCAAGAAAGUUUGUAACAAGAAGCUGAUUGGGGCAAAAUACUACCUCACAGGUUACGAGAGACGAUUCGGGAAGAUCAACAGGACUAGAACCCCUGAAUACGUAUCAGCUCGAGACGUUCUUGGUCAUGGAACUCACACAGCCUCUACGGCAGUAGGAUCAAGAGCUAAAGACGUGAGUUAUUCUGGCCUGGCACGAGGAACCGCCCGAGGAGGAGCCCCCAGGGCCAGACUAGCAGUGUACAAGGUAUGCUGGAACAGUAAUUUUGGUGGGACAUGCACUGAAGAAGACACGUUGGCGGCUUUUGAUGAAGCGUUGCACGAUGGAGUGCAUGUUAUAUCAGCUUCGUUCGGCAAGGGGCCGCCUUUGAGGCAGUUCUUUGCGUCCAGUUCCGAUAUUGGAUCAUUUCAUGCCAUGCAGCUGGGGGUGAGUGUGGUGUUUUCUGCAGGUAACAAUGGCCCUGAUCCAUCUCUGGUAGGAAAUAUCAAUCCAUGGAGCAUCUGUGUUGCUGCUUCCACCGUUGAUCGCAGUUUUCCCACCAAGAUUUUGUUGGAGGACGGCAGCUUUUUCUUGGGUGAAGGUUUGAUAACCAAUCACAUAAGCGGGAACUUGUCCAGAGCUAGAAGUUAUUUCUUCGGCGGGAUUUGUCGUACGAGCAAUUGGAAGAAUGUUUCUGCCUCAGGCAACAUACUCCUCUGUUUCUCCACUGAUGGGCCAGUUAGCAGCUACGAGGCAGAGUUUGCAGCACGCGAAGCCAAAGCUGCUGCCGUAAUCUUUGUGGAGCCAUUAACCAGGCCUAUUGCCGCUGUCAGCAUAUUCCCCAUCAUACAUAUAGACAUCAUUCAAGGGAUGAAACUGCUUCUAUUGCCCAACUCCACUAAGGUGCAGAUCUUGCCAAGUAAAACAGCCUUCAAAAGGUCACCGGCACCGAUGGUUGCAGACUUUUCUUCUAGAGGGCCAAGCUCAAUUUCCCCGGAUUUUCUCAAGCCAGACAUUACUGCACCAGGAGUCAACAUGCUAGCAGCAUGGCCACCAAACAUUCCUCCAUCCAUGUUUCCAGACGAUGAACGACAAGUGCACUGGAAUUUCCAAUCCGGGACAUCCAUGUCGUGCCCUCAUGUAUCCGGCAUUGUUGCUCUUCUCAAAUCCGCGCAUCCAAACUGGUCCCCUGCUGCUAUCAGAUCAGCCCUCAUGACUACUGCUUAUACCAAAGACAUAAACGGCGAUGACAUAUCAGUAGAAGCAACGACGAAGCUCUCUGACCCGUUUGACAUUGGUGCUGGGCAUAUAAAUCCAGUGCAGGCUUUCGAUCCAGGACUAGUAUACGACAUGACAACCCGAGACUACGUUCUUUUCCUCUGCAACAUAGGCUACUCUGAGGAACAAAUACAAGCCAUCGUUAGCUACCCUUCCACAACCUGCCCUGACAGAACUGAGCCCAACUGGAACAUAAACUACCCAUCAAUAACGGUGUCAAGCCUCACAUGCACGACAACCAUCAAACGGACGGUUCACAACGUCGGACACAUGAAGACAGCUAUGUACUUUGCCAGCAUUGUGAGUCCUAAUGGAGUUGAGGUUGUGGUCUGGCCUAGAAUCUUGAUGUUUACGCCUUUUAAGGAAGAAAUGACAUACUUUGUGACUCUCAAGCCUGUGAAGAUGUCUGAAGGGAGAUUUGAUUUCGGGUGGAUUACUUGGUCUGAUGGGUUCCAUCAGGUGAGGAGUCCUCUGGUUGUUCAAGUUAAUACUACUGGAAUUGUGGGUUCUAACAAUAUGGCCUAUUGAUUUCUUCUCCAUUUAUGUUGUUGUACUGGACAUGUUGCAGUUUGUGUUUUGGUCUGUAAGGAUGUUGUGUGCUCUAUCCAGUCUUUGCUUGUUUGUUUGAGAUGCAUGAUCCAUAUCGGAUUUGAAUUUCUAUUACAAAUCAUGUUACGUCUUAAAUAGAAGAUGCAACAUAAUUUGGAACAUAAUAUCC